UUGUGAAAGGUCAACAGGAAGAAAACAAAGCCUGAUAAAAGUUUUAUUUGCAAGAAGACACUCAAGACUUUUUAAAAGAAAAAGUGGCUUAACAAUGCUCUCCUCUAUACCCGAACUUCCUAGCUUAUAUCUAGGCAUCUCAUGACAUGGAGGACAAAGAAUCGUUUCAGGACAGGCAAGAAAAUGAGCUACAGCUCUUGCAGGCUAUGUUCAAUGAUGACUUCGAAGACUGUCGCGUGUCCGAUGCGUGGAAGGUGUAUCGUCCUCCUGAUUUUAAAUUACAUCUGAAGCCACAGAAAAGCACGCAUGAAAAUGCAGACGUACAUGUUAUGGUUGAUAUGCACAUACAGUGCCCCCCUGAUUAUCCACAAAUAUUACCUGAAAUUAAUUUUGAAAAUCCGAAAGGAAUAUCAAAUGAGAAAUUAAAAACGCUAAAGAAAGAUGUGUUAACAAAAGCCAAAGAACUAAUUGGAGAGGUGAUGAUUUUGGAGCUUUCGCAAAUUGUAACUGAGUUCCUUCACACGCACAAUGUUCCGCAACAUGAAUCGUUCUAUGAUGCUAUGGUGUCAGCUCAGAAAAAGAAAGAAGAAAAAUUAGCACAAGAACAGCAGAAAAAAGUUGAAUACCAAAGAAAAUUAAAAGAGAAAGAGAGGAAAGACAUCGACAAAGAAUUACAAAGAAGACAAGACUUACAAGCAGCUAUAAAGGAGGAGAGAAAGAAAAAGGAAAUAGCCAAUCAGAAUCAGCAAGAGAGUGUAAAGGAUUCAGAACAGGAUGGUGAAGGUCAAAGUUCAAGUUCUAAUAACUCUCCUGUCAAGAGGAGACAUCAGCCAGAUCCAGGAGAUGAUGGAAAAAGUAACAAAGGCAGAACACGAAACUCAAGCAUUAGCAAGGAGUUAAAGAAUAAUGGUCAAAACAAGUCUUCAGCAUCGAAACGCACAAGUGAUGGGUCAGUAGUCGUCACAAAGUUCAGCGCCAAGACAGACAGGGUCAUUCACAGAGGAGCUUGUUUAGGUCAGGGAAAUAGUGGAAGCACUGUUUAUGUUGGUAUGGAUGCUUCAACCGGGGAGCUUGUAGCGUUAUGCGAAUGGAUUAUGAAAUGGAAACAUAGCAAAGGACGCAAACCACUUCCAGACGAAGAAAAAAAUGCAGAGGGCUACAUCAAACAACUUCAAAGCUUAGAGCAGGAAUUCUCAGCAUUAGUGAAGUUGAAUCAUCCAAACCUGGUGCAUUUCCAAGUCUUCAAAUACACACAAGAAAAAAGUGCAAUAAUAGUUGAGGUGCUGAUGGAAUAUGUUGGUGGUGGUAGCCUUUCGCAGCAUGUUGACAACAUUACGUGUAUUCCCAUGGAAACAAUCCGGCAGUAUGCGUGUGAUCUAAUUGAAGCACUGUGCUACCUACAUGACAAAUCAGUGACGCACAAAAACCUAAAAGCUUCGUCUGUGUUCAUUGACGAGGAAGGAAAAUUGCGAGUUGCAGAUUACAGUAUUGGCAAAAGGUUGUCUAGUUUGUUUGAGACUUGUAGUUCUGGAAGUCACAGUGUAAGAUUCAGUGAUGAAAAGACCUAUGGAAGAGGUGGUAAAAAGGGAGACAUCCUAAAGUUGGGUACGAUUUUACUUGGGGUCAUUCAAGGUGAUAUUGAUGUGGGGGAGCCACCUUACAAAGUCCCUCAACAUCUUCCAUCUGAAGUGAAAGACUUUCUUGACAGGUGUCUUGAUCUUGAUGAGGGUACAAGAUGGUCAGCUCACCACCUUCGAGACCAUCCAUUCAUCCAUCCACCAAUCUCUGCAGGUGUCCAUGUUACGAGGAGUAAUGAAAACAACAACCAACAAUCAGACAAUAAUGUAAAUGUAAAUAUAUUGAAUGAGGGAAUGCAGCUAAGAUGGGGCCCGUCAAGGCUUUCCAAUGAAUUCCAAAUUAUGGACCUGCUUGGUAAAGGAGGAUUUGGAUCAGUGAUGAAGGUAAAAAACAAACUGGACAGCAAUUUGUACGCCAUUAAGCGCAUCCAGCUGGAUCCGAGCAAACAGGAGUUGACACGCAAAAUCACGCGGGAAGUGAAGCUUUUGUCACGUUUACAUCACGAGAACGUUGUUAGGUAUUAUAAUUCCUGGAUUGAAACAGCAGAGGAGCAAAUUACAACUGACGAAUCGGAGACAGGAACGUCAUCAAACACAGACGAAGCAAAGCUUCAGGAUCUUGACAACAAAAAUAGUCUCAACAUAUCUGAUGACAUCGAAAAGUUGGCUCCUAAAGUUGGUAAUUUGAACUCAUAUGAGUGGAGUACAUCUUACGAUAAUCCAAGUAUCUACCCGCAAGAGGAGAGUAGUAGUGACGAUGAGGAAGAGGAUGCAUUUUGUGGACCAUUUAUGCCAACAUUAGAAAGUGAUUCAUAUGAUGACAUCAUUUUUGAGGAUUCCGAUUAUGGAAAUUCUAGGAAAUACAACGAUUCGUUUAGUUAUGUGCUGGUUACAUGACGGGGCAAGUUGGCACUGCAUUGUACGUCAGUCCUGAGUUGUGUAAAGGUAGAGGUACCUACAAUCAGAAAGUUGAUCUAUACAGUCUUGGAAUUAUCUUCUUUGAGAUGUGUUUUCCAUCGCCAAGUACUGGUAUGGAACGAGUUAAGAUACUUCAGAAUUUACGACAGGAGUCAAUUCAAUUUCCUGAUGAAUUUGAUGAGAUCACCAUGACAGAGCAUGCGUUCAUCAUUCGUUGGCUCUUGAACCAUGACCCUAGCCAACGACCUAUGGCCUCUGAAUUACUCCGCAGCAAGCACAUUCCUCCAGCCGAGGAGGAGAAUAAAAGACUGAAUGAGAUGUUGAUCCAGACAAUAGCAAACACAGAAUCAACUGCAUACCAUCGGAUGAUGGCAGAGCUCUUCUCACAGGAGGUCACUCCCACUGCAGACUUCAUCUAUGAUACCGACAUUCAUAAGGGUCAACACCAUCUGAAGCCGUCAGUAACAGAACAGAACGUGUAUUACACCAUUUGCCGUGUGUUUGAAAAACAUGGUGCCACUCGUCUUUCCACUCCUUUACUACUACCAAAAAAUGAAUUGUAUCAGAAUACAGAAAUGUGUGUGACAUUGAUGGACCAUAGCGGAGGACUGGUUACAUUGCCCUAUGACCUUAGGGUUUCUUUUGCACGUUAUGUUGCAAGAAAUAACAUUACAAGAUUAAAAAGGUUAGAAAUUAAAAGAAUUUUUUCAGAAAAAAAAUUAUAUGGCAGUCAUCCACGUGAGCUAACAGAAUGUUCAUUUGACAUCGUGAGUAGUACGCAAGGUACCCUGAUUCCAGAUGCAGAGGUGUUACAUGUCGUUACAGAGAUAAUUAACGAGUAUCCAUCGUUACAGGCUCGCAACUAUUUCAUUCAUAUGAAUCACACACUCUUGUUAACAGCCGUCUUGAAUCACUGUGGGAUUCCUGAGAACAAGCAUAGCGCUGUGUACAGCAUUCUUAGUGAUGCCAAAGUUGAAAGGUUAACCAAAGUACAGAUCCAGACAAGGCUUGUUAGUCUAUCAAUCACAGAACAACAAGUUAGUAAUUUAUACAUGUAUGUUGAGAUGGAAGGCCCAAUAAGCCAGAUUAAUAGGCAGCUAAAACUGGUGUGUAAGGGCAAAGGACCAAAUGCCUCAAUGGCUAAGCAGGCUCUGCACGAGCUGGAGACGGUCAUAACAAAUGCUCAAGUGCUUGGAGUAAGAGCAGAGAUAAAGAUUUCCUUGUCUCUCGUUUACAAUGUUCACCUUUAUUCUGGUAUAAUGUUCCAAUUUGUUGCCAAUUUACGUCGUAAAAAAGGCAAAAGUGGAAUGGAUGUACUUGCUGCUGGAGGCAGAUAUGAUAAACUAAUACCUUUAUUCAGACAUGCUGUGUCCACGUCAUUGCAAAGUUUGCUCUGCCCUUGUGCUGUUGGGGUUAGCAUUCACUUAGAGAAGAUUGUAGUAGCUGCUUUACAGGACUCAGAUGAGACUCCUAGUUCUUGUGAUAUUCUAGUAUGUGCAAUUGGUAGUAGCUGCUCAAUGAAGGACAAGUUGAAAUGUGUUCGUGACCUUUGGGCCGUUGGGCUCAAAGCAGAUAUUCUUUGUGACACGUUGCUGGGAUUAGAAGAAAUCCAGGAAUAUUGUAAAUCUGUUGGAAUAACUCACAUGGUGCUAAUUAAGGACUUAGAAAGUCAGAAAGUGAAGGUCAGGUCAAUUGAGAAUGAGAAGAAUCAGAUUGAGUUUAAGGAGACAAGAGUCGACAUCAGUGGACUUGUAGAAUACUUCCUGCAAAAAAAAUCAUCUCAUGAAAAAGUUGAAUCUUUAGACUCUGGAGUGUCUUGUAGCAAGUCGCCUGGGCUACAUCAUCAAAUUAGCGCUGAUUCAGUCACGAUCAAUGCCUCUUAUAAUAUUCGCUUUGUACCGCAAGACAAACUGGAUGCUGUUGAUCGAAAGAGAAUUGAGAGAAGGAUACAAUCAAGAAUCUCACAGCUUCUUGAAAACUUCUCUUCCAAGACUAAAGUUGAAGUUGUAGCAGUUGAUUUGCCUAUGUCUGUUGUUAAGAGUAUGAUAGCAACUUUAGAUUUUGAUAACGAUGAGAACUCUUAUCAUGAUAGUGUAUUUCACUUGAUGGAGAAACACCAAAAAUACAGAAAAUACCUGAAAGUUAUCUGCGAUGAACUGAUGGAGAUCAAGAUCGAGACGAAGGUGACAGAUGUUCUUGUCCUGUACACAUACAAAGACAGGGAAGAGGGUUACAAAGUGGUCAUAUGAGCCAUUACUUAAAAAAUUGAUUGACAGAACAGAGUCUGAUAGAGAAAUCUAGUUGACGUUGAUUCCUGGCAAUCAAAAGAUGUAACCAAUAGCUCAACAUAACUUGCAAGACUUCACAAAUGAAUACUGUUACCUGUGGCCACUAAAAUCUUGAAGUGCCUAACAUGAUGUUGAUGAUGAGGAUGAGCAGUUGUGCCACUGGGAGUGUUGGGGUGGUCAGAGGGUGAAUUUUCUCACUGAUCAUGACUGGACCACCGUUGUCUGAUACCACAACAAAGUUGUUGGACCAAAAAUAUUAAUUUGCCUACCCAGAUAACUUUACUUUGAUCGCCAAUUCCUAAAUAUGUGUUCUAAAAGCAUAAUUUUGGGCCAUACUUAGCCGCAGAAAUCUCCUAAUGAACCCUACGAGGGAUUUUUUUCUAGGACUUAGGCCGAGGUUGUGGGUUCAGACACAUCUGUUGCCAAAUUUCAGAAGCACACCACUGAAGAUAAUGAUGAGGAUGAAAACGAUGACGAAGCUACAAAAGAAUGUUUUUAAUUUUCAGGGAAAUUACCUUUAGGGCAUUAUUUCUAACCGUCAGAAAAAAAUGUAAAGAUUAUUGCUGUAAAAUGCUAACCAAACAUAAAACCCAUCCAGUAUUUAACUUGAAACUUCUGAUUGAAAUCCAGUACUCUAUUUAUGACCUACCUACAAUAAUUAUCUAUUACUAGAGGAAAAAAAACGUUUCAACCUAUGUACAGUACUGGUAUCAGAUGCUACUGAUGAUUGUCAUAGAUGAUGAUGAUAAAUCGAGAAUGUGUACCUACAUUCUUUUACUUGUACAGAUAUUGGUGUGAAUUUCAGAGACAGGGAGCAUGUGUUUGUUAUUAUUUUACAAUACUUAAUGUAUGCCUAAUAACAGUAACCCUAUACUCUAAUAGUAACCCAUCCUAAAAAUCAAACAAAGGGAUAAAGACCUAUGGUUUUAAUUAAGAUGAUUAUGGUACUUUUUAGUAAUCAACCCUUUGUUCAAAAACAAGAAGCUGGCAUAGCCAGUAGUGGGACCAGGAAAGGUUGGGAAGAAUGGCAUGAAAAGGCAUGAAAUUGUAACCUGAAUGGGAAUGAUUGUGCUACAAAAUCAAGAAGAAAUUUUCCUAGCCUAGUAUUAGAAUGUAUCAUCUAAUGUUGAUAGAUGUUUGAUUUUUCAACUGACACCGUGACUUAAAUUUAGAGGUAGCUACACAAUAAGCAAUACUAAUAUAUUUAAAUAAACACAAGAAUAUGUAUACAAUUUGUUGAAUCACAAUUAACGUACUGUACCCUGUCCGUGUACAUGGCUUAAAUUUAUUAUUCAAAUUAAUUGAAACCAUGUACAGGAGCAUGGUAGUUUAUAAAAAUUAUAGUUGUCUGGGACUACAGUAUAUAUUAUUUGUAUAUUAAAACAGCAUUCCAUUCCUGUCCAACCUAAAGUGUUUCCAAUUAACACAAAUGAGUUCCUUUGAAAUGUUUUUUUUUAUUUCACCAUGACAUUUAUAUGACAGUCUUUAUCUAUUAGUACAGUAUAACCUUACUGUAGCUUUGUAAAUUUUAUUUAAAUUUAUAUUUAUUAAUUUUGGAUUAAAAUAUAGACAAUUAUUCCUAUUAUAUGUAUAAUUUUAAAUCAGAUUUGCUCUAUAAAUUGCCACAAUAUAGUAUUUGAGCAAUAAUUUAAAAAUGAAUUUCUUAUUUAUAGAAGUCUGCCCGGGUUAUCAAAUUUUCUUUGACAAAAAUCUGUUGUAUGCCCAUAUAUAUAUAGUCAUGAUGUUACUUUUAAAUUUUGUGCUGAAGCUUAUCAUCCAUUAUGUGUAGAAUUAUUCUAGAAACCAACUCAUUCUAUUUUAUCUAUAGUAUUUGCAUUAAUAAAAUGUAUCUUACAACAAAA